CGAGAAGAACACUCCUCCCUCCCUCCCGUCCUCCCCUCGGUGCCCCAGAGCCGGAGCUUUCUCCUUCCCUGCAGCAUGAUGUGUUUGUGAUCUGCAGCCUUUACUCGGCUCCCCUGAUGAGACUCCUGGCUGAGCCCGUCCGUGUCAUGACCCAGUGCGCGGUGUCGCUUCCUUCAAGCGGUCGCUACUGACGUCAGUGGACUCCUUUUGCCGAGCUUCAGUUUGCUUCCAUGAAAUAUGCGAUGGUCGCAGGAAUGCACGGUUCCUCUUCAUCUUCUGGUACACUUUGUUUUCUCCCUGGCAGCCGGCCAUGAAGAGCUGGACCCCCCUCUCUUUGCAGGACAAGGUCAUGUUCCUCAGCCAGGAGCCAUCACCCACCCAGUGAGAACCAACGCUGAUGGAGACUUCCUCUCCCACUCUCUGUCUCACCAUUUCAAGGAUGGGCGAGUCAGGCGUGACCUGCAACCCCUCGCUUCUGAGGGCCAGCUUUAUUACAAGCUCAACUACACGGGUCGAACUUUAACGUUCAAUUUGACCGCAAACAAUCAGCUAGUUUCGAACGACUAUGUCCUGGAGAGGCGUAGCGGCGGCGCCAACAGGACCGAGAGCGGUCGUCAUACCUCUGCUGGGACUUCCUGCCACCUGCUUGGCACUGUGGAGACCUCAGGGGUGAGAGGAAUUGCUGCCAUCAGCACAUGUAAUGGACUGAGAGGCUUCUUCUCCCUGCCUGAAGGACACUUUUUUAUCGAGCCACUCCCCAAAUCACCAAGGGAUCCUGCUGGGUCUCCGGAGCCCCACAUCAUCUUCCCAAGAGUUACCACGGCAACGCAAAGGGAGAAACGCAGUCCAGAGGGCAGACGGGCACCCAGCCAGCAAUGCGGAGUUCAAGAGGCUGGCUCUGUGCAAGUGGAGAGAGAGCGGGAGGAGUGGGAGAGCGAACACGGUCCUAAGCAGUCCCGCUCCCAGCGCUCAGUCAGCAGGGAGCGCUGGGUGGAAACCAUGGUGGUGGCGGAUUCCAAACUCAUUGAAUAUCACGGCAGCGACAAUGUGGAGUCCUACAUCUUCACUAUUAUGAACAUGGUGGCGGGCAUUUUCCAUGACGCCAGCAUUGGGAACGCCAUCCAUGUCAUCUUGGUUCGACUGAUUCUACUACAAGGAGAAGAGAAAGGACUGAAGAUUGUCCACCACGCAGACACAACUUUGUCCAGCUUCUGUGCCUGGCAGAAGAACUUAAACCCUCAGAGUGACACGCAUCCUGCCCAUCAUGACGUGGCUGUGCUGGUCACCAGGCAAGACAUCUGUGCUGGAAUGAACCAACCCUGCGAGACCUUGGGCCUGUCUCAUCUUUCUGGAAUGUGCCAACCGCACCGCAGCUGCAACAUCAACGAGGAUUCAGGCUUACCAGUCGCCUUCACCAUAGCCCACGAGAUGGGUCACAGCUUUGGAAUUCAUCACGAUGGCCAGGGGAACGACUGUGAGCUGGGAGGGAGGCACCCCUUCAUCAUGUCCAGACAGCUGAUGUAUGACAGCUCGCCUCUCACUUGGUCGUCCUGCUCCAAGGACUACAUCACACGCUUCCUCGAUCGUGGAUGGGGUUUCUGUCUGGAUGAUCGUCCUUCUAAAAGGGACUUGACCACCCCCCUGGCACGUCUCGGUGUUCGCUACACCACGCACCACCAGUGUCAGCUCCAAUACGGACAGAACGCCACCUUCUGCCCCGAAGUGGAUAACGUUUGCCAGAUUCUUUGGUGCUCUGUGAAUGGCUCUUGUCGCUCCAAACUGGACGCGCCUAUUGAUGGCACUCGCUGUGGACCAGAGAAGUGGUGUAUCUCUGGAGAGUGUGUUAUUGUGGGCAAACUGCCUGAGACGGUGAAUGGAGGCUGGGGACAAUGGACUACUUGGUCUCAUUGCUCAAGGACUUGUGGCACUGGAGUUCAGUCAGCUGAGAGAGAAUGUAACAACCCCAAGCCGGAGUUCGGGGGGAAGUACUGCACGGGCGAGAGGAAGCGUUAUCGGACCUGUAACACAAAACCCUGCCAGAAGAAUAAUCCCACCUUUAGAGAGAUGCUGUGUAGUGAGUUUGACACUGUGCCCUACCACAACGAGCUCUACAAGUGGAUUCCUGUGGCUAACCCCUUAAACCCCUGUGAGCUCCACUGCCGGCCUGUCGGUGAGUAUUUUUCGGAGAAGAUGCUCGACACCGUGACAGACGGGACUCCGUGCUUCAUGAACAACAACUCUAGAAACAUCUGUGUCAACGGAGUGUGCAAGGAGGUGGGGUGUGACUAUGGCAUUGACUCCAAUGCAGUGGAGGAUCGUUGUGGAGUGUGUUUGGGUGAUGGUAAAAGCUGUGAGACGGUCUAUAGGUCAUUUGAUGAAGGAGAAGGCUUUGGGUAUGUGGACGUGGGGGUGAUACCUGAGGGGGCCCGGGACAUCCUGGUAAAGGAAACUGAGGAGGCAGGUAACUUCCUGGCUCUGAGGAGAGAGGACUCCGAGGAGUACUUUCUCAAUGGCAACUACAUCAUCCAGUGGAAUGGGGAGUAUCAAGCUGGUGGGACCACAUUCUACUAUGAACGUAGUGGGAACAUGGAGAACCUCACUGCACCUGGACCCACCAGAGAGCCAGUCGUGCUCCAGUUGUUGUUUCAGGAGAAGAACCCUGGCCUCAAGUAUGAGUACACUGUCAAAAAGACCAAAGAGACAGGAAAUGAGGUUGUCAAACCCAUGUACAGGUGGAGACAUGGCGCAUGGACAGACUGCAGCACCACUUGUGGACUAGGUGAGCAGCACCAGCCUGCACGUUGCUUCGAGAUGGAUUUGGGCGUUGUAGACGAAUCUCUGUGUGAUCCAGAGAGCCGUCCAGAAGAUAGACACCGGAAGUGCAAGACUACAGAUUGUCCUGCUAGGUGGUGGGUGGGUGGCUGGCAGCAGUGCACGGCCACCUGUGGAUCGGACGGCUUGCGGAAGCGUACGGUUCUUUGUGUUCGUACAGUCUCGGGUGAGGAAAGGGUGCUCCAUCCUGUGGCGUGCAAGCACCUCCUUAAACCAAAACCUGUAGUGCCGUGCAACAGAGACGUACCUUGUGGACAGGAUUGGGACGUUGGAAUCUGGGAAGAAUGUCCAGUGACAUGUGGAGGAGGUGUCCGCUCCCGCACUGUGACGUGCACACUGCUACCCAAAAAGCAGUGCGACCUUGCGACCAAACCACGCACCCGAUCACUGUGCGCGCUGCAGAGUUGCCCAAACUCAAGUCUUCGCCGACGUCCUGGUCCUCCUCCUAAAUAUCGCCGCAUUUACCCGCCUAAGAGGCACCCCACUAAGCCUACUCCCACUCUCACAAGUAUUGUUAUUGCCACCACCUCUAAAAUCCCAUCACCUGAUCAUUAUGACUUUAAUGAUGUUGAGGAAAAUCUGAAGAAAGCAACAAGUAUGGAAAAGACAGAAACAGAGGAGAGAGAUGUUGAGGAGGGAAGCACACCAAACAUGGUCAUGAACACUCCUGGUUAUGACUAUAUCACAGAUGAUAGGACACGAGAGGAGGAGGGAAUUAUCGACCUGGACGUCGGUACGACUUGGUUCAAAUGUCCUCCUGAACCAACCACACCAGUAUCGCAUAUAAUCAUCACACCCACUUUACAAACAAGUGGUCGUCGCAUGCACUCAACCACACAAGUCACCACAUCCUCCCUCUUCACCCCACACACUACUGCCGAGAUCACCCAUCACAGCACCCCACGCGUCCCUCCAUACAGCCCCCGGAUGCACAAGGUUCCACUAACUACUCCCAUGCUGAAGUUGCGUUCGGUUCCACCCAAAACUGGUCUCCACACAACACAAGCUCCCUCCUCCAGUACUUCAUCGUUGUCCCAGACCACAAUAAAGUUUAUAAAAGUGAAGAAGCCCGCAGUGACUACCAAGAAAAGCAACUCUGCCAAAAAAAACCCAACCCGGUCCAAAGGCAACCGCUCCAAGAGCCAAAAUCAGCAAGCUCCAAAACCCAAGAACGGCCCCACCCGGGACCAGGGAGAGCCAGUCAGUAUGGAUGUGUUCUGGAUUGUAGGAAACUGGAGUGAGUGUUCAACAACAUGCGGGAUUGGUGCAAUAUGGAGGACUGUUGCUUGCAGUUCAGAGAAGGACGAAGACUGCGCAAUCACAAAGAAACCCGAACCUGCCCGCACCUGCCAUCUACAGCCAUGUGCCACCUGGCAAAGUGGCAGCUGGAGCAAGUGCCCAGAUAAUUGCAUGGUUGUGGGAAAGCGGUACCGGGAUGUCCAGUGUGUUGAUUCUCAGAGUCAGCGUCCUCUUCGACCCUUCCACUGUCAAGCGGUGUCAAGUAAACCCGUCAGUGCUUUGACUUGCCCUUUUAAGGCCUGCGUGGACUGGAGCAUGUCACCCUGGGGACCAUGCUCUGGGAGUUGUGGUGAGGGUGUGAGGGAGCGGCUGGUGUACUGUCCAGUGCCUCAUGGUUGUGGCGCCACACUGAGGCCAAAUAGCACAGAGACAUGCAGCCUGAAGCCCUGCACCCACUGGACGACAGAUGAGUGGGAGCAGUGCUCUGUGAGCUGCGGAGGAGGUCAGCAGCAGCGUGACGUCAUCUGCGUGAGUGCUGAGGAUUCUGGUGUGAUGCCAGACAGCCUGUGUGAGAAGAUGUCCAAACCAGAAAUACUCAGGAAGUGCAAUACGCAGGAAUGCCACACCGCCACAGGUCCAGUUUGCAGGAAGAACACAAUGUCCUCUCGCUUCUGUGACAAGCUGAAGCUGCUGGGCCGCUGCUCUCUCAGAUCGGUGCAAAGGCAGUGUUGCGUCACCUGUGGCUCAUAGACGGGUACAUCCUCUCACUGCACCUCCCAGCUACUCUUACUGUACAACGAGGAACACUAAACAUUUGACUUGCAAUGGAACCUCUAAAGUUGAGGAAUCUGGUCGACCUCCAAUUUGUUUAGAAUUAGAAUCUUUCUGAAAUGAUCUCUUCCAGAGGAGGUUAUCAUAAAACCUUUAUUAACUGUGCAGGUAAUGUUUUAAAGUGUAAAAAUAAGGAAAAUUAUUCAGUGAUCCUCAUGACAUUUUUCUUCUUUUUGUGGGAGCAUUUGUUGUAUAUAUUACACAAAAGCACACUUCUGGAGGAAAUCCUGAAUUGUUCAGGGGGCCACAUUUCAGAAAACAAAGAACUAGAGUCCAGUCGUGUACCCUCAGGAGGCAUUGUCCUGCCCAUUAAUAUAGAUUGUCUGUUUAACAGAGCAAGACUGAUAAUUAAAGAUUGUCUAUAUAUCAGGAACGUUGCUUAUUAGUCGAGAUGCACAACAUUUUUUUUUUCUAAAACCGAUACCGACAAAGAUAACUUUCUGCUUUCUAAAAAGACCCAUACCGAUAUGAUAACCGAUGAAAUAUUUAUAGUAGGGCUGUCAAAUGAUUAAAAUUUUAAUGGAAUUAAUCACCAUUAGCAACUAUAUCUGAAAUAUUUCCAUUUUUACUGCAUUUCAUUAAAAGGACAGGAUUAUAUAUAUUUAAUGUAUUAGCAGCUCCAAAUGAACUGAAUAUGUCAAUUCAGCUAAGAGAUACCACACAAGUCUACAAAUCAAUUUGUCUAACACUAGUCUCUUUAAGAGUAGCAGAACAUUUUAAUCACACUUUACACCGCGUUAUCCUGAGCAAUGAGGAUUUACGUUCAAAGACAUCAUGUAAUUUAAAUGUGCAUGUUUUCAGUGUAUUUUCCAGGAAGUGUCGUUCCCAGGAUGAACGGGCUGGAGACGUGUGUGAGUUGGGGAUUCAUACAGUAUUUGGGGUUGAUGUGUUCAGGUCAGAAUGAAGUUAGAAAAGAGUGUCAGACUUUGAGUGACUGUGUGGGGAAGCUCCACUGUGAUCCCGUCUGCCGUCAUAACAGAGGCGUGCUUGCUUUGGUGCGCAUGCGUUAAUUACACACACACACACACACACAAAAGGCUUUCAAACCACUAUUGUAGCGAUGCUGGCCUUUCAGGUGGCUAAUUGGUUAAAGACGUCCCACGCGAUUGACGCCAUGAUUGUUUACUUUUUUUUUUUUUCAUUCAGCUUUAUUAAUGCCUAACAAUUUACAAUAACAGUGUCAAACCAUGGGCAUUAACAAACAGUUGGAUAACAACAACAUACAUAAGUCAUAUAGAGAUUAAGGAAAUACAAUAACAGAAAAGUGAUAAAUAAAUAAAUAAAUUUAGGAAAAAAAAGAAGAAGAAAAAAAAGAUAAUAGUAAUUAAAGUGAGAUACACCAGGGGACUUGAGCAAUGAAAAUUAAAUUGAAUGAAGGAUAUUGAAGUGGGAGCACAGAUUUAUAGUCUUGAUAGCUUUCUUAUUAACAGAGGAUAUUGAUUGGAGGUACAGCUUCAGUUCUUUCAUGAAGACAUAAAAGAGGGGUUUCACUUUGGCAAAUUUACAUUUGUGGAUGUAGAAUUUUGCAAGAAUUAAAAUGAGAUUAAUUAAAAAAUAUUCUUUGUCAACAUCAUUCUUGACAAAGCCAAAAAGAAGGUGAUUGUUUACCAGUGAGCGCAGGGGAAGUGUGCAGCGCGUCAUAGAAAAGGAGCGCUUGAUUUGCUCACCUCAGCCCAGCAACACACACCACAGUACGGGUAAUCUCCCCUCAUUGGAUAGUUUUUUUUUUUUUUUUUUACGUGAUCGGUUAUCUGAGCUAUUUUUAAUGUUAUCGGAUUUAUCGGUAUGACGUCAUAAUUCCUCAUAUCGGCCUGAUAGAAUUAUCGGUGUAAUAAUUAUUGUGAACCCCUACUUAUUAGGAAGCAAAACAGUACGAAAAGACACAUUUUUGUAAACAAAAAUGCAGAGGAGUGAUUGUCCUGCUCAGAUAUAUAGAUGGUCUAUUUAACAGACGAGCCAACAGUCGAAGAUUGUCAAGCAUUGGCUGUGCUGCUGAUUUAAGGACUUCUGCAAAAAAGAUGCCAUUUUUUCUGGAUUUAAACAUUUUUCUUGUAAGUGUAAACAUAAUAAAUGUGUGGGUCGGUCUGAUCUACCAGAGUUGGGCCUGAGGUCGCCAGUUUCAGUUGGCUUUGGAUGCUCGCUGAGCUGCAGUCUUGUGUGACAAAGUGGAUUCCGGCGGUUUUUCGACUCUGGAUUAUUUGACUUCGGAAUCAGAUUUUUUUUAGAGGUUCUACUGUAUUUCAUUGAGAACACGGAAUGAUGUUAGCGCAAACAUUUUGGCUGAUUCAUCAACAGGGUGCAACCUAUACACUGCAAUGGGUGCAAUUGUAACCAGUUUUAAAAUGCCAUAACAAUUACAUAAGCACAUGUUUCAGUCAGAGCCAGCUUUGCCUCAAAGGUGCUUUUUGUCUUACUAGAAGUGGUGCAAAAUGUGUAUUUCAAACUGGCAAAAGCAGAAUGUAAAUAAUCAUAUAAUAUCUCUCUUUUUAUACUGUUAAUAGCAUUUAGUUUGGUAGCCUCUGUCAUCAUUGUGCUUUUAAAUGUUGCGCUGGCACUGUGUGUUUACAUCAGUCUGGGUGAAAGUUUCAACUACUUAUAUUAAGUGAACUGCAGAGCUCUGUAGUUGAACCUGUGGUGCUUCUCAGGCCUGGAAGUGACCAAAGACAAAAAAAAAAGAGGCGUUGCAGGUCAUCCCUCUCAGGUCCUUCAAAAACGGAUGGCUACUGUGUUUGUAUGGUCUUGUACAUACGUUCUGCAUCAAUAAAUGUGUGAAGAUGUUUAUGCUUGUCCUUCA